AUUCGGGGCGAGUGUGAUAAAAAAUAGGACAAGAAAAAUAUUUUUGUGCUUUAACUUAAAAUUUAAGAACACUGAUUAAUUGAUAAUAGAUCUAAAAUAUUUAAAAAUUCAAGUAAAUUGUGUAAGGUGUGAGAUAAUGUUUGCUUUUACUGUGCUUGUAUUUAAUUUCAUUCAAGGUGUAAUUUCAGCCAAUGCAGCCAUUCCCGGUGCCCAUUGUCGUGAUUACAAUGGAAAAAUGUACGAAACGGGGAUGCAUUUUAUGCCGGGGCCAGAUACAUGUCGCCUCUGUGUGUGUGAAAACGGUCUACCGAAGGCCUGUAAAAUGGUAUUAUGUGAAGCAUUUAGCAAAUGCAAAUCUUUUCAAGUAGGCAAUGGCAACAGUUGCUGCGAGGUGAUCUGUCUUGAUGAUCAAUUCACGGAUGGUAGUACUGAUUUCGGUAUUUGACUGGUGGCUAGUGGCAUUACUGCUACACUUUCUUUAUCGUUGCUCUUCUUUUUGGUAAAUCGUCUGAGACAGCGUAAGAUACGUGCACGUGAAAGUCGACAGAAUGUCGAGGAUCAGCGCAGUAUUGUUGGUAGUAUAGGUUAUAUUGCCGGUAAUAUGGGUUACAUGGAAGGUAACAUGAGCGGCAUGGAUUAUUCCUAUGGUGGUGGCGCUUCACACUAUCCACUAUGGAAGCCAGCGGGUGCUUACUUUCCACGUGGGGAGGCGCCACCUCCAUACGAAGAGGCUGUCGCCAUAUCGCAAGCAGAAGCCCUAAGCGCACAGUGCACCGUUAGUGUGGCGACGACAGCGCACCGAGCUAUGGGCCUUAAUGCUACUGUUACACCGGUCGAAUUAAGUGCUGAAAUGCGUCGCAACAUGCAACAGCAGCAACAACAAACUUUAGUGCAGCAACAUGCGAUACAUAUGCAUCAACCAACUACAUCACACAGUGGUAGUGGUGGAAACUGUACUACUUCGCUCGCCGGAAUGCCUAACACGACGCAAGCAUUGCAUCAUCAUGUCGGUGCGUUGGCGUCUACGGCACAACCGCAACAGCAACAUCAUCAACAAUCUCACAACCAAAUAACGCAAAGCACCACCAAUCUAAUUAACAUCAAUAUCAAUAGCGGCGGCAAUGUGACGACAAUUGCUACGGGUGAAAAUCAUCAACCGCCAUAUAGUGUGCAACACGAAAGUGGUGGCAAUGUUUUACAGGAACCACUUAGUCAUCAAUCGUUACAACAGCAGCCACAAUUAAUGAAUACAACUCACAUAGGCAAUAGUAGUGGGGGCCGUCUCCACCUGACUGCCGCACCGCCCAGCAAUUCAAUUUGUGUACAGACUCUCUCAAGUGGUGUGGGUGCUCAUCAGCCCCUCAGUCAAUCAACGCAAAUGAUGGGAAUAAACAAAUCUCUCCACCUGCAGCAACAGCAGCAACAUCACCACCAACUUACUGGUGCUAACGUCGCUUGCCAAGCUUUACAGCAGACUAUGUCAUCCUCAAUUGGUUCUACGUCGAACAGUAACGAGUGUAGCUAUAAAAAUUGUCAUCUGAAUAUCAGCGCCAGUACUGCAUUGACUUCGUCAUCGACCGUGGGGUCGACUGUGGGCGGAUCACAGCAGCGUCGCUCCCAACGUACACUGCCAGUUCAAGCCACUCAUGUUACGCAAGAUAUGCUGCAACAUUUUGUUACAAUUGCUGAUGUGGAAAUUAGCGGUAACACCGUUGGGUAUCACUCAUUGCCGAAUGGGAGCGGUGUCGGCGGGGGUGACCGUGAAAUGGAGCUGCUCAGUGUUGCUACCGUACCCACGUCAACGCAAUAUACUGGGUCUCAAAUGACGGGGGCAAUUUCCACACCCAGUAUGGAUGUGUUGCCACUGAUGAGCGGGGAAAUCGCCACAAUUUCUAAUAAUACCAGCGAUUCAGUCACACAAACAGCAAUAAGCGCAGUCUCUGGAUCACAUACACUGCCGACAAAUGCGCAUACACAAACAUUGAAAAGUAACAACAGCACCAAUAAUAGUAGUAGUCAAAACAGCAAAACACCCUCAUCCUCACGCCGUUAUCAUCGUACUAUACCACGAUACUUUGCUCUUACCGAUCCGCUGAGUGACAAAGAAGCCUAUGGCAUAAAUAAAAGCAAAUCAGAAAAUAGUUCACGUGGUGGAGCGAGCAGUACUGUGUCGGCUGUAACUUCUACCAAAAAACCCACCUGUCAGUGCCCAGUGCAGCACGUGCCCAUGUCAUAUAUGGCAGCCACGCAACUGAGCAAUGUCGCACAAUGUCCCAGUAACAGUGCUCUUCUUUCGGCCCUAAGUAGCAAAUUGAACGCAGCUUGCCAAUCAACAGCGACAUCUCAAACAUCGCUAGUUACAUCACAUGGCAGCAGCAGCAACGGGCGUUCCAACACUGUUACUACAUUGUGUUAUCCGCAACGAGUCAAAUCCUCUAAUAGUCUUCUACAAUCGUCAACGAACGACGUCAACAGUUUCGGGGUGGGCAGCUCCUUGAAGCGCACAAUGCAUACCACUAGCACCAGCACUAAUACGUCAACGCUCACCAAUAAUAACAAUAGCAACAUUAAUGCUACAUCCAUUUGCAGUUAUGAUACGAAAAUUGCUACAAUUUCUAAGCAAGUCGGUGAUAGCUCAGCUGCAGAUCUAGGAACAACCAUAAGUAGUCAUCAUCAUCAUGCAGCCCACCAUUCCCACCAUUCUCAUCAUGCGCACAGUGUUGUUGUGUUACCUUCACAGACCCACGACGAGAGUAUGCCUAUAGUUUUGGGGCGUGUACAUAAACGAUCCAUUGGUGAACGGGAGCGCGACCGUGAACGAGCACGCAGUGCCAGUAGUGGGCGUGCCAGCAGCAAUAGUAGCUCACACCAGUUGGAGAAUAGCGCUGCUACAAUUUACUUGAACGGAAAGGGCGACGCAUACUUGAAUUUUCCCCAUCCACAAAAUUUCAGCAAUCGCAAUUCACAACAGCAGCAGCAGAAUUACCAUCAACAACAACGAACCAACGAAACAAAUCCUAUAUUACCACCGAAACUACACAAAUCUCUAACGAAUUUAAAAUCUACAACCAACAACAAUCAUAGUAUAACGACCACAGCAACAGAGAUUUCAUGUGCUGCUGUUACUAUACCCAACCCCACCACCACUGCCACCACCUGUUCGAGUUACACAACCGUGCAAACGGUAUACACUCUCAGCAAACCAUCCACAUCGGCCGCAGCACAUGUGAGCCGCAAGGAGCACCAAACUAUCCAUGAACCAAUAAAUGGCAACGGCGGCACCAGCAGUUGCAGCAAGAACUCUCCGCUUUCGCUCACUCUGCCGCUUUCGCCGGGGUUAGCAAACAAUUUUGGAGGUGUGAGUACAAGUACCAGUAGUGGUUGCGGAACUAGUUCUGGCAACAAUACUGUAGGUUCACAAACGCAUUCUUCUGAAAAGUCAAGUAAAAUCAAUUCAAGCACAUUUUAUCCACUGCAAAAUAAUCAUGUGACAUACACACUGCCAAAAUAUAUAAGCGGCAAAGUAUCGUUGAAUAGCACCAUAGCCAGUGUAGUUAGCAAGGUGCCUUCAGUGAUCAGCAUACCAGUUAGUGGCGGCGAAGUCGAUUUAUUUGAGAAUAACAACAGCUGUGUAUACGCCUUAAGUCACAGCAAUUCAACAAAUAGCAAACAUGAACCCACAGCAAUGUCCACGUCGAAGAGUAGCAGUUCAAACGGUCGUAGCACAACAUUGCCAAAGAUUUUGCGUGCCAAAAAACAGCAAGACGUUAAUGCUACCAACAAUUGUAAUAGCAAUAUUGGCAGCAGCACCAUAAAACAUAGUACAGCUUCUGGAAUCACAACAGCAGCUGCGUCGAUAUCGUCGGUAUCCCAAUGCAAUAUGCCCGUCUAUCCCCAACAGUCCACUAGUUCACAUGUCAAACCAACCGCAACGGCUAAUGCAACAACGCAAUUCAAUUCCAUCAUAUCUGAUGGUGGUGUUCUGUCUUCUGCCAAACAUUUACCAGUCUGUACCACUUCGAAGAAUUGCCAAAAUCCAAAGGAGCAUUUUUUGCCAAACGACACUAGUUUGGAUGAUGAUUACUUAAGCGAGUGCGAAAAUUGUAAAAUUGCGCAGAGUGCCAAAUAUUAUUUAAAUGCUGAAGAAGUGGGGGCAAUACCACAAGAGACAAUGACACUACAGCGCAAAUCGAUGGACGACAACAAAGAGGAGCAGGAGCAGUCGUAUUAUCGAAUUUCGCACACGCUACCAACGAACCCCAAGAAGAAUGCUCCAGUCAAAAAUAACAAUCGUGAGCCAUGGUUUUCUACAAUCCCAGCUAGCUCGUCAUCCGAAGAGGAUGUCAAUGAAUGAGAUUUAACACAUUUUCUUUAAAUAAAGAAUUACCAAAACCCAAACGCACCAGAAAAUACAUAUACGCACACACAAAUACACGUAUAUAAGGAAAACGGCUUUUGGAUUUGGCAAAUCAAAAAGUUGGAAGUAUGUAAACGACAGUACGAACAUUAAAUGUAAUAUCUGCACAGCGGGUAAAUCUAAGUAAGUAUUCAAAUAAUACACACAUGUAUAGAACACACAGUAUCUUUGAAAUGUAUUGGAAGUAAAAUUAAGAUAACCUUGCAGUAGAUACUUACACAAUUACAAGUAAAGAAAAGUCAAAAGCUCUUGAAAAUACUGGAAUAAAAACUUUUUGAGUAUUUCAUAAAAGAAAUAGAUACAGGAAAGAAUAUAUUGUUAAAUCUUCUUUUUACUCUUCGCACGUUUCAUCAGUAUGUUGCAAAAUAAGGCUAAAUGAAAAAAACGUAUGGCAAGCCUUUCGACAUAACGUAUAUAAUAAGUUAAAAUGUUGUUAUAGAAAACACAAUAUAUAAUUAUACAAUUAAGAGAUACCAAAAAUUUAAUGCCGAAAUUUAAUGUAUUCUUAUGUAUAGAAAAACGUUCAUUAAUUGUGCGCUUCAAUUAACUAACAAUUAAGACAGGAAAAUAGUUUUCGUUGAGCAGAUAUUCAUACAAUAAGCUAAGUCAAAUCUGCUUGUAUUCAAUAUUUACAUGUAUAAAAUAAAAAAUUACAAAAAAAAAAAAAAAUAAUAAAAUUAGCAUAUAAUUAUGUUCCGAUACGAUAGGAAAACAUUUGGGGAUGAUCACAUUGCUAGCGGUUCACAUUCCAAUGGGAACGAAAUUCGCAUAAUUAUUUAUAUAUAUAUACUCGUAGAUUUAAAUGACGCAAGAAAACUUCUAUUCCACUACCUACAGAUUUUAUUUUGUUCAAUGAACAAGAGCGAUUUUUGAAUAUUUUGCAAAAAUUGUUUCUUAAAUAAUCGAUAAAUCAUAUAUGUAUGUAUGCGAUCAAUGCUUAAAAAUGGGAGCAGUAUUUUGAAUAUCCUUUCUAAAGUAAAAAUUGUAUAAUAUGUCUUGAUAAAGCCACAGGAAAAUAGUGUAUGUGAAUGCCAAAAAAGUAUAAAUUAGCAAAUGUAUAUUGCUUAAAGCAUGCCAUUUGGAAGCAUUAAUAAUGUGAUACUUCCGGCUGGCGCAAUUAUUUUAGAUAUUCUCAGCUGACACUUUACAGUGAUGCCUUAACCUUGGGAGCAUUUCGCUCUGAUAUUUUGGUGCGAUGAAUCCGAAUAUAAUAUUUUUGACACAGUCUUCAUUAGAGAAAACAUCAACAAAUUAACAAAAACAGUAAAUAUAUUUGAAUUUGAAAGUGAUUCCAAAUAUUCAUUUGUUAUUUAUAGAUUAUAAACAAACUUUUCAUGCUGUUAUAACAAUGUAAAUAUUACGUUUAAGAACUUUGCCCUGAUUAUUUCUCUUUCAACAAUAAUUUUUGUUCUUUGAAUUGAAUUACUUUUGUGAAUGCCACAUGCUGAUCCAUGUUUCCAAUACCAGGGUCAACCUAUUACUGAUCCUUCUUCAAGACUGAAUGCUGGUGGUCACUUUUUAUUUAGUGUCCACGUGUCCUCCAAAUAUAUGAUUGUCUAUUUGAUCUAAAAAUGAAACUCUUUAUUUCUACACUCUGUUUACAAUAACAAAAUGUAUGAAUAUCCUUGUUCAAGUGAAGAGAAAGAAACAAACUAUCUUGACAGACUUCUUUCUUUAAGACACAGCUGAUAUUUUGCCAUUAUCUACAUUAUUAAAGUUCUAUUACUAUACAAGGCACCUUUUUUAUGUAGCCCACGUAGUGUGAAAUCUCGAAAAAAAAAAUAUUUUUUAUAAUUCUUCAUCUGCCGACCAAAUGCUGUUGUACUAUUCAGAAAUCUCCGUUCUCCAUUGAUCUAAUGGUGAUAGUUUUUCCGCAAAAAUAAAUGACAAUUUGUUCAAAAACGGUACACAGAUAGUCGUAUUGUUCACUUCUGAUGCAAACGUUAUUUGUUCGAACAAAUCUAGGUCUAUAAGACUUAUGUAUUGCAUUCUAAGUAAACUCUAUUUUCUCUCCUCUUUUUUAACAUUUGUAAAUGUAAACAUUUAAUACUUACACAUCUAACCUCUUGAACCCAGUUUCAAUUACUUACCUGCCUUUCGGUAACGUGUCAUUACUUUCAUGCCCACAAAACCAUUGCUCGUCUCUAAUGUCAACAGAAAUAGCCUGUAAUUUUAUUAUUUCAUAAAAUGAUUUGUUCCGUAUGUUAUCGAAAUAAAGUCAUAUGAUAAUUAGAAUUAUCCUACAUUUUAUCCAUAAACAUGUCGAAGAGAUGUGCGAAUAUAUUCGUAAAAAUAUAGAUUUUUACAUGGAUGUAAACAAAAAUUGUCAAUCCUAUUAAAAAUAAUGAAUUUACCAUACUUUUAUAGUUCAACUGAUAACGACGACGUAUCUAACUGCUGUAAAUUUUCUUUCAAAGUCGGUCCUUUAAUGUCUAUUGUAAUCAAUUACAUUUAUAUAUUGUGCUUUGAAGGAAAAAAAACGCGUAAACUACAUUACUUUAAAAUACUCCUUGAAUAGUCAUUAAAACUGUAUUGUACGGCUAAGAUGUGUGAUAUGUGACUGAUAGUCGGAACUUAGCACUGCAUUUAUCUGCAUAUACUCAGUGUUUAAGUCAAUUAAAAGUUAUCUUGAACUAAGUACAUUAUUUAUCAUUUAACAUUUAUACUAACAUGUUUGUUCCAUAUACGGAAUUUGGAUGGAGCCUCCCUGUUAAUUACCAUGGACUGAUGGGCGCAGUUUUCGCUUUUUCUUUGUAUACAAGAUUAAAAAUGCUUGUUUAUUUUUUUCUAAUUCUUUCUUUGCAGUGGUGUUCUUUCUUUACAUAAAUAUUUUUCUCCUAUAGAAAUAGGAUGGUCAAAAGUGAAAAUAUCCGAUUUAAACGACUAAGAAACUUUUUCGAAAAAGUUUGUGAGGGUAUCGCUCACGUUACAAAGGUUGUUGAUGUUACACUGAAUGAGUCCAUGUUUAAUGACCGCCUUUGCUCCACAUAUUCAUAUGUAAGAUUUGGGUAUAAGUCAAAUGACUAUAGCUGCAAUUCUACCUAAACCUAUUAAAUAUAAAAAAAUAAUUAAGUGCCAAUAAAAUAAUCCAAACAAUGUUCCCACUUACAGAAUGAUUACAAUAAAAUGUUCAAACUUUUUCCACACCUUGCAAUAUAUCGCAAUUUGCAUCAAUAAAAUAUCCAUCUGAAAUGGUUACAUAUCGUUCUCGAACAAGAAAAAGACUUUUACUGAACUGUUUGCUUUGGACACGCUUGCAACAGUACCAUAUGAAACGCAUCUUGUGAAUAGAUUAUCACAGAUCAUCUCCAUAAUGGAUUUUUUAGGCGCGAGUACUCACCCCUGAAUCACCGUUGAAACCUUUGUUUACUUUUAGUUUAAAAAAGUUUAUGUUUUUUGUUUAAAUGGGUGAUCGAAAGCGAUUAAUAAUGAAAAUCCUGUCCGUGGAACUCUAGCAACCGCACCAGAGCCGCAAUAAUAUAUUGUACUCCUCGGUGUAUGGCAGCAGCCGUUCGAACUGAAGUGUUUCGAUGGCAAGGUCUUCUGUUGACUGUCCCUUGCUCGGCAAAAUUGUUUACAAGUCUCAUUAUGGUCCAUCUGCUCGGAGGAUU